ACGCGCUAGUUCCAAGACAUACAGCCUCCUCCUCCUCCUCCUCCUCUCUGUGUCUCCUCCACCAUAGGCUCUCCUCUCCUCUCCCACCAUCACAUAUUCCUCCGUCUUUCCCUGAGUCAUCGUGUCUUUGCACCGGACCGUCUCCUCCCGGUUCUUCCCGGCUCCUGUCGGCUCCUUCAGGGUCUGCUGAGAUGACUGAGGUGGCGUCGAGCUGCUCUGAGAUGACAGCGCUGGCUCCACCUCCCGCGCCGCUGGUGGUCACCAGUAGGAAUGCAUCUCCUUCUCGACCGCCGUCCAAUCACAGGAGCCCUACAGGUUCCCUGAAGCAUUUAGCAAAAGAGCAACGGGAGGACAGAGAGAAGACACAAGAGAUGUCGGACAUCCUGCGGGAUAAGGAGCGCCGCGCCCAGCAGCAGCUGGACCGCUGCGCCGAGGAGCGCGGGAGGAAGAUGGAGGAGCAGAGGAGGAAGGAGCAGAGGCGCAAGGCCGCGGCCGAGGAGAAGAGACGGCAGCAGAAAGAGGCCGAGAAGGAGAGGCUGGAGGCCCUGGUCCGCCGGAGAGCCGGAGGUGCUGAGAGACGAGGAGGAGGAGGAGGAGGAGGAGGUGUGGGGGAGGCCCGGGACCACCUGGAUAACAGGCCUAAACGCUGGACGUGGGGAGGACCACCCGAUGGAGUUGAGGGUAACCCUAAGACCCCGCCCUGCCAUGCCAUUGGCUCCGCUCAGCCCAAUGAGCUCCCUGCUGCUUCCAGCGCCAGCCAAUCCCGUAACGUCGGUGACUUCCUGUCUCCACCUGCGAUGGAUCCACCAAUCAACAAGCAGCUCUCCAACUCUUCAGCCGCCCUGCAUUCACCAGAGAGAGUGUCUUUUGUGUCUCAUCGAACAGCUUCCCCCAACAACCACAGACCGUACAGAAGUUCUUCCAACCGCAGGAGCGUCGCUGGACUCCCCGAAGAGACGUCCAGAGCCAAAACACCCACGGGAGAGUCUCCGAAUACUCCGGUACGCAGCUCUUCCUUUAGGACCAACAACAAGGGCCCCGCCACACCGAAACGGGUGAAGUCGACCCGGAGUCGCGCCCAGUCACCCUGUUCCCCGGGUCAGUACCCUCCGUCACCGCUCCGGCAGAGGGCCGGCACCCCCGGCACUGACGACAGGGGUCACCACACCGAGGGCAAAGGUCACAGCACCCUGGAGAGGAAGUCGACCAAAUCUGAGCCGUCAGAGAAGAAGAUCCCCAAAUCCACCAGCAAAGAACUGAAUGCAGAGUCUCCGGGCACGCCCACAGGCAGGAGCGUCGGUGGGACGACAGACGCCGAGGAGGCGUCCAGGCUGCUGGCAGAGAGACGACGUCUGGCCCGGAUACAGAAGGAGCAGGAGGAGAGACAACGGCAGGAGGACGAGAGGCUGAGAGCUGAGGAGGAGCAGAGGAGGCAGCAGGAGGCGAGAGAGAGGCAGGAGAGAGCCGCGCAGCAGGCCGAGGAGGAGAGAGCGAGGCGGGAGGAGGAGAGGAGGAACAGGGAGGACGAAGAGAGACGGCAGAAGGAGCAGAGAUGGAAGGACAUGCAGGACCAGCUGGACAGAGAGAGGGAGGAGGCCUUCCUGCGAGCCCAGAAGGAGGCAGAGAGGAAGAGACAGGAGAGGGAGCUGCUGCACAUCCAGGAGGAGCAGGAGAGACUGCAGAGGAAGAAGAGAAUCGAGGAGAUCAUGAAGAGAACACGUAAGAGUGAAGUGGAGCCUCUGUCCGGAGCUGCAGCGUCCGUCCCCUCCGAGGAGGACACCCCGACUCCGGCCGAAGCCCCCGUCAUCAUGCUCGGACCGCUGGAGAACAAGAGCUUUGUGGACAGCGAGCUGUCUGACGGAGUCCAGUCCAUGGACGUCAGUUCUCCAUCUGUCUCCAUCAGUCCAGUUUCCAGGGAGGAGCAGGCGAGCGCUCAUGAGUUUUCACCGGUCACAGACGGGACAGACGGCUGCCCUCUGGAGCACCUGAUGGACCUCGACGUCCACGGACGAGGACAGCGUCAGGGUGCCGAAACGCCGCCCUUCGUCAAGCUGCAGGCCAGCAGCGGGGUCGGAGACCUCAACAAGAACCUGCUGAUCCAAGCUUACAACGCCGCCUCCGAAUCCUCCCAGCUCAUCCACAGCAUCGGUCCGAGCAAGCUGGACGUCCAGUAGCCAGGAACCGGCAGGUUCAGUAGAAAAAAAAAAGGAGCCAGAAACAGACCAGGAGAGCAUCACCUCUGUCUGCAGCAACAACAACAACAACAGCAGCAGCAGCAACAACAACAAUCAUUUCCACGAGGAACAAAUGCUGAACGACUCACUUCACAUCUGUAUUACCAAAACCUCGCAAACAGUAAAGCUUCUGGCCACAGUUUGAGGCAGCGCAAACGGGCGACUCUGACUCUCACAGACGGAAAAAUUGUGCAAAUGUUAAAGUUUAUUUAUGAUGUGACGGAGGAGGAAGUGCGAUCAGAAUUCUUGCAUGUUUGUCAGGUGAAAUAAUGAAGUUUAGGAACGUAAAUCGACUUGCAGGUCGUCAUUUGGUUUAGAGGUCGACGGUGCAGGCGUGAGUUGGGGAUUGAGCCAAAACUGCACCGACCUACAGAUCACAAACUUCCCUCCUCUGUGCGUCUUCCCGUCGAGGUCAGCGUCGCCCCGCUUGCACUGCCGCAAAAAAAAAAAAAACAGUCGAGUAUCGCCUGCUUUAAUCUCUCAUCCCUGCUUUUGUAAAACUCUGUAAAUAGAUCCGACCGGGUGGAGGAGUCCUGUCAUCGUAGGUGCAGGGAGCGGCUCUGUAGCAGUUUAUCUGGAGAGAAGCCGCCGUGUGAAUACCGUGUAGCAUCUUCAGUGAGGACUAGAUAGUUUAUGGUUGUAGCCGUGUACUUGAACAGUCUGUCAGUGUUUCUGAUGGUUCCUGUGUGUUUGUCUCGCCUCUGACAGCCACUCCGACUUCUAUAAAAACCCAGUCUGCUGUAGAUUUCCUGUCAUCCUGAUGCUGGAGAACGUCCAUCAACAACCGAUAUUAUAACCCCGCCGUUGACCCGUAACACUUAGCCGAUAGCUUUGGUUUUUCUGCUGCUCGUCGACGGACUUUUCUUUUCUUCGUUGAAGAAAAACUUGAAGGGGAAAAUAAUCUGUCAGAUGUUCCUGUGUUUUUAUCCGCAGGCAAAGAAAACAUCGACACAGUGUGUUGUGUAUUUGUCUGGCACGGACUGUCACCACGCUAGCUGCAG